AUGUUCAGUCGGGUAUUUUCAGCUUUAAAGCCAUCGGCUUUACUGGCUCCUAGUAGUUUGCUCACUUCUGUUGGCGCUUCCAGAACCACUGCUUUAACUAGUCGAUUCGGAGGCUCGACUUUCCAACAGAUCCGUCUCAAACAUCAAUAUGAACCUCGAGUGAGAAUCAAGAGAAAAGCUCAGAAAGGUCGUGUUCCAGUACGGACGGGCGGAAGUAUUAAGGGAUCUACUCUACAAUUCGGAAAAUUCGGUCUUCGUCUCAAAUCUGAAGGUGUUCGUUUAAAGGCUGUACAACUCAAGGAAGCCGAUAACGCUAUCAUGAGAGCUCUUCGUCCAUUGAAGGGCAAACUAUUCAGAAGAUUGACUACUAAUAUUCCUGUGUGUGUCAAAGGUAAUGAGACUCGUAUGGGUAAAGGUAAAGGUGGUUUUGAAUUCUGGGCUUGCCGUGUACCCACGGGGAAGAUUCUGUUUGAAAUCGACGGUGCCAAUGUUCACGAAAGCGUGGCCCGUGACGCAUUCCGCAUUGCUGGCGACAAACUCCCUGGUACUUACGAGUUCGUGAAUCUCGAAACAGCUCCAAAAGCCGGAUUCCAGCCCGUCAAUGUCGAUGGCAGCCCCGUCAACUUUUAUGAAGAGGCAAAGGCCAACCCAACGAAGCAAUAUGCCAAUGUGCUCCAGGGCCAGGAUCCUGAGCUCCGAAAAUAUUUAAGACGAUAA